ACGUUAACGUGACUGCAGGUCUGGUCGGGACGGUGUGAGAGUAGGUUACAGCACGCUCCCACUCAGAACAAGUUUGUGGAACUGAGUUGAAGUUCACUCGGAUGCUGCUGUUGCCUUUUAUUUCCAAUUAGCCUCCGUCUGUCCCCCCCCCUCUGCAACUGGCGGUCGGUCGGUGUGCUGCUGUCAAACUGUCGUUGACAUGGAUUUGUUGCACCGACGACGGGCGGACUGAAACGGUUUUGGGAAUCACCAUCACUCGACAAGGCGGACCCAUUGCAGUAACUUUAUUCUUUUAAAACAAGUUGUCAUUCACUUUUUUUGGAGCUAAAGACAUGCAGAAGUUCAACUCCACCGGUACACACAGCGACACGCUGCCCCGGGACGCGGAGCUCCAGCUGCGGUUAGCGGACGGUGGAGGGGCCGGGGACGGAAUGGAGAACGGCGGUGGGAAGCGCUUCCCCUCCGGGUCCGAGGAGGAGAGCUCGUUUUGCACCAAGAGCAAGAUGCUUGUCGGUUUGGAUCUAUUAUGCCUUAUUGUCGCCUCCAUCCCGUUCUUUGCAUGCGAGUUGAAGACAGUGACUCCGUACAAGCGAGGCUUCUUCUGUGGAGACCCCAGUAUCACCUAUCCCGCAGACCCGAGCGAGGCCAUCCCUGACGUCCUGCUCAUCGCUGCUGGUAUAGCCAUCACUGGGCUAACGAUUGCUCUGGGCGAAUGCUACCGGGUGCGUUAUCGAGGUGCUCACUCGCGGGCCUUUGUCCGAAACUGCUACGUGUCGUGUCUCUACAAGGAGCUGGGAAGCUUCCUGUUCGGUUGCUGUGUGGGUCAGUCCCUCACCAAUAUGGCCAAGCUAAGUGUGGGGCGCCUACGACCCAACUUCCUCUAUGUCUGUGACAUCACUUAUGCGUCCAUCAACUGCACUACGGGCAGCUACGUGUCCACGGUCACCUGCCCGCAGCCUAAUGUGAACAUGGUGGAGGAAGCAAGGAAGUCUUUCUUUUCCGGCCAUGCUUCCUUUGCAAUGUACACCAUGCUCUACUUGGCAUUCUACCUGCAGGCGCGGUUGUCGUGGCGAGGAGCUCGGCUGCUGCGCCCACUAAUACAGUUUCUCUUAGUGACGAUCGCCAUCUACACCGGCCUGAGCCGCAUCUCCGAAAACCGCCACCACCCCACCGACGUCCUCACAGGCUUCAUCCAAGGAGGGCUCACUGCAUACUGGGUGGCCUUCUACAUCUCCUCCAUGUUUAAGCCCUGCGCCCGUCCAGACCUGUCCCCCACGAGCAUGUCCCUGGAGAGUCCACUGUCCAGCCAGCAAACUGUCUGUUAGCAGGCACACUCAAUCAUUCCAGGAGAGCGAAGAUAAGAGAAGACGGACUACAGAGAGUCAGGGAGGGAGUCAGAUAGCACAGGUGAGGAGCAGAGAGAAGGUUUCUAAGAACGGGAACCAUUCUAAGAGAAGGAUACGAUUAAAGAGUACAAUCUAACACAUUGACUUGCUCUUUCGGGGCAUACUGACACACACACACACACACACACUAAUCUAAUGUUCACACACACACUCACACAUGUGAAAUACAAGAAGCACAUUUGACUGACCCGUCCAGUGAAAAGAACUGCAUAGUAAUAUUACAGAUAUUUUUUUAUAUAUGAGAAAAAUAAAUAAAAAAAGUCUAUUUUUUCGAGAGGAUCUUUAGAAGCUGCUAAUGUUGAUAGUUUUGGUUGCCAGUGAUGGAGGCAUUUGGGUCAGUGCAGUUAGAAAGCUUUCAAAGCAGAACUUGUAAAUCUUGAGUCUUGGGGACGGAGAGAGGAGCAAACGCCAGCCUCCUCUUUGUUUUUGAUCUUGUGUCCACCUCGGAAAAAAAACAUCGCCCAGCAGCUGCGGACUGAGAUCAUUAGUCCUCAGAUGUAAAGGGAGCUCUGUACCGAGUGAUCCGGAACAAGCACUGGCUUCAAUUUCUCACCAUCUGGACCUUCUGUUGUGCCACUGCCAUAAUCAGACUGCCCUCCAUCGCUACGACAAUAACCUGAACGUAAGCAAAGAAAAGAAAAAAAACUGUAUUUGAGCUGCAGAACAAUGUUAUCUUUCUUUUUGUGUAACCAAGGUAGUGAUGGUUAGGAGUCCGACCGAGUAACUUUCUCUUCCUUGCCACCGCCAUCUUUCUGUUUUAACCACUUUGACUGCGUCUUAGAGGUUGAGGUUUGACUGAAUUUUGUAACCUUUGACCUUUCCCCCCCCGAAUCUCUGAGCCGCACCUUGAUUUAUGCCACUCUUGACAGGAGAGCCGACGUGGCGGCCCUCCUGUGCAUCUUUAUUAAUAGCACUUGAACGUACAUAAUGGAACCUUCUCAUUAUAAUCAAUAUUAUAUAUUUUAUCACACGUUUGAAUAAUCAGUGUUUAUUUUUGUUCAUGUAAGACUCAUACACUAUGUUUGUUUUUGCCACUUUUUAAUGAUAAUUAUUCAAAUUGAAUGUAAAUAGCCAUGUCAUUUUAUAAAUCAUACAGAAUUUCAAAGUAUUAGUUCCAGUUUUGGACAGUUUUUACAUGUUUAUUAAGUGUUUGUAUUUACGUUUGUGUCAAUCAGGUACGGAGAGUUACUAUUGUAUCUGUUGUAACUACUAGACUGAGCCACAGAUAUUAUCAGAAAGCUAUAUUUUAUGUGUUGCCAGUUAUUGGUAUUUGUUUGUUUUGUCUGUGAAUGCCAGAAAGGCAAAAAAAUAACCACUGUACUCAAAAAAACCAAACCAAUAAAAUGAAUGUUGAAUGUUUUUAACUUCUUCAGGCCUCUUAUUAUUGUCCUCUCGGUUGUCUCUGGCUACUCGCAUGCAGCAGAGUUGGUCAAGUAAACCAUUUAGCCAUUUGUAAGUCAGUCAGCAUCCAGCUAUUAUCUUCUCUUUUCAAACAGGAUUCCAGACUCUGUGAGGAGGUAAGGACAUCUGAGCUGAAACAAAACGUAAACACUGCAAUGAUAAGUGAUUUAACCUCUUUUUUUUUUUUUUGUUCGGAGGCUUCCAUUCCUGUGCUCUCCUCGUUUAUUUCAUUGCAGCUUUCUCUCUCUCUUUCUUUCUUCUUCCGUGCUUUGCUCCUUCCCUGCUCUCAGGACCUUUUUGAGUGCAGUGGAGCAUAAUGGGCUGUUUCAGGGGGUCAUGCUACCAUGGAGAUACUAAGCCAGAUACAGGUUGGGGUGUCUGAGGCGUUUUCUUUCAUUUCUUUUUUUUUUUUCUCUCCCCACGAUCCACUUCAAGAGAGAAUGAAAAAGCAGCCCAGAUCAGACAGAGAGGGCAAAUGAGAGAGAGAGAGAGAGCGAGAGCUUCGGUCAGGGGUUUGUGCAUAAUGCUGAGGUAAAGGGGACAGACGAGCAGGUAAACCGGUCCAGUAAUGACUGGAAGUAGUAAUGGAGCAGUUGGUAGAACAGAUGGGGCGGUUGAUAUGGGAGAGUGAGGGUGAUGGGCGUGGGGUGUCAGGGUGGGAAAGAAUGUGAUCCUGGUUUUUCAGGCCCGUUUUGUUUCAUAAUACUGUAACUAAGGAGACAAGAUUCAUUCCUGAGCAACAUAUAUACAGUAUAUGCCCGUGCUUGUGUGACAGGUUCGUGUCUAUCCGUAUCUCCCGCUCUCCUUGUUAUUGUCUCGUGUUCAGGUGUGCGCGACAAAUGUGUCAAACGUGACAUCUCGUUUACAUUGUGACUGGCGUCCUCCGCUAACCCUUUGGCCCUAAUAGAAAUGAAUGGGGGUCAACAAGCAGAGGCCCAUUCUGUACGUCCAGAUUACUGAGGUCCAGGCAGAAGGGCCUCACUGCUUACACUGCUGCGACUGUGCACACAGUAGGAACAGUAGCCCCGCGCUUCGGUCAUUUAGAACGAGGGGCUAUUUGAACUCUUAUCUCAACAGGUGAAAGCCAUUACUCUCCACAAUCUUCACUGUGAAGCAGAGCUGAAGCCUCUUCCUCAUACUGAACUUUAAGGACUUCCCUGAUAAGAUUGUGAU